AUGCCACCCGUUGGUGCGCAGCCUGAUGGCUAUGACGGCCACUCACGCACAACCUCAACAUCGUCUUCACAAUCACAGGACACGGGUAACAGCAACAACAUCCUGCUGGCGGUGCCGAAGAAAGGGCGACUGUAUGAGCGUGUGCUGAAGAUCCUCGAUGGCGCGGGCUUGGACCACGUGAGGGCGCCCCGCCUGGACAUUGCCAACUGCACGCGCGAGGACGUGACGAUCGUCUUCCUGCCUGCUGCCGACAUUGCCACCUACGUGGCUGAGGGCAACGUGGACAUGGGCAUCACCGGCGAAGACAUCAUCGCAGAGUCGCAAGCCAACGUGGACGUGCUCAUGAAGCUGGGCAUGGGAAAGUGCAAGCUGUGCUUCCAGGCGCCAAAGGGCACCGUGUCCGACCCGAGCGAGCUCAUUGGCAAGCGCAUCGUCACCUCCUUUCCAAACCUCACCAAGACCUACUUUGACAAGAUCGACCCCGGUCACACCACCUCCAUCAAAUAUGUCACGGGGUCUGUGGAGGUUGCGCCGUCGCUGGGCUUGGCAGACGCGGUUGUGGACUUGGUUGAGACGGGAACGACGAUGCGUGCUGCGGGGCUGGAGAACGUGGGCGAGGUGAUGCGCACGGAGACGGUGCUCAUUGCCAACCCGCACUCGACACACCACAAGAUGAUCCAGACCAUACACAAGCGCAUCAAGGGGUACAUCACCGCCACCCAGCACAGCAUGAUCACGUACAACUGCCCUAAGGACAAGAUUGAGGCGGCGUCCAAACUGACACCCGGCCACGACUCGCCAACGAUCACGCUGCUGCACGACGAGCGGUUUGUGUCCAUCACGGCGCUGGUGCGCACCAAGGAGAUACCGCUGCUCAUGGACCGCCUGCAGGAGAUUGGCGCCCAGUCCAUCGUCGCCAUCCCAAUCUCAAACUGUCGCUUCUGAGAGAGAGAGAGAGAGAGAAUGUGUGUGCUUGUGCGCGUGCGUG